AUGCCAAAGCCAAUCACAGUACUACCACUCAAGACAGGAAAUUCCACCUCCCCAAUAGCCUUCGCACCACAGGCAAAGGCAGACCUCCUGGCAGCGACCCUUGAACAGGCAUUCCGCCCAAACACAGCACCAUCAUCGCAGAAACACACAGAAACAGUGCACCAGCACCUGCAACAGUUACUCUUGCGCCCCCUGCUGAACCAACCUGCCCCAACCACGAACAGCUGGCCAACAACCUGGAAGACUGCGAAAGUAAUCUUGUUCCCCAAGCCCGGCAAGGACGCCACAGACCCGCAAAACUACCGCCCCAUGAGCCUGCUGAGCACCAUAUCUAAAGUGGCGGAGAAAAUUAUCAUAGCAAAACUCAACACACACCUGGAACAACACAACACGCUGCCAGACCAACAGUUCGGCUUCAGACCGCGCCACUCCACAACACACGACCUGGUCAGAAUCACAGAACAUAUAACUACAGGAUUUAACAAGAAACACAAGAAACAAUACACUGCAGCAGUCUUCCUCGAAACCGCGAAGGCUUUCGAUCGUGUGUGGCACGAAGGCCUGCUUUACAAGCUCCACACCAUCAACCUACCAGACUGCUACACACGCCUGCUGGCCUCCUACCUUAGAGACAGAACAUUUUACACGAGUCUGCUAGGAGCCCAAUCGGAAGCGGUGGCUUGCCCCGCACAUCACUACAACAGGCGCACCUGCCGCCCCUACCGGCCAACUGGCCGCAACUCAUGCCUCUGCGACAUAAUUCCGCGUCGCAGGGGCACGACUACCUACCCAUCUAACUCCCCGCUCCCAUCAAUAUCCGGACUGAUCGGGCGCGCAGCAUUCCCCGGGCCGGAGCCCGUCUCACCCCGCCUCCAGGGCACGUGGAGCUCCCCUGGGCGCCUCGCCGCCCGGACCAGAGACUGCCGGAGUACCGCCCCGCCGAGCCGACUGCUGCUGGUCAAAGUGGGGAGCCCUCUAUCGCAGGCUGAGAGAGUUUUGUGGAAAAAUUUGCCUGUGUACUGUGUGAAAAGUGCAUUGGCUAUUUUAAAAACAAUGAUAAUAAUGGGUGCAUCGGCUCUAAGCUUGGUUUCUACCUGCGCCACUGGCGGCCUGGACGAAGUGAUACCGCGAGGGUCCGCAGUUGCCUUCCGCAGCGUGGAGUGCCAAGGCACAGACCGACACCUCGCGAUGGACUCUCAAGGUGUACCUGGGUGGCUCGACGUGGCACGUGAAGCACUCCGGCACGAGCUUCGAGCGGCGAGCCCGCACGUGCUGCGUCUCGUCGGAGCAAGGGUGUGCCGCAACUCGUGUCCGGGGUCUCCAGCCCGCCCGGGCGCCACGCACCCAGCUUCUCCCGUUGUUGCGUUCCGUCAGGACUAG